UCACGGGCCCAGCCUCCGCGGCAUGUGGGAUCCUCCCGGACCGAGGCACGAACCCGCGUCCCCCGCAUCGGCAGGCGGACUCCCAACCACUGCGCCACCAGGGAAGCCCCCGAAAGGGCCAAGUAAAACACCCGUAGCUGCCAUCUGCCUGACCAGCUUGGUGACCGUGGCCUUUGUCCUUGUGGGUCAGGUAAAUGUCCUGGCCCCCAUCGUCACCAUCAACUUCAUGCUGACAUACAUCGCGGUGGACUACUCUUACUUCUCCCUGCCCAUGGGCGCCUGCAGCCUCCCACAGGUGCCUGAGUCAAUGCCCAGGGAGGGCCUGGGAGCUCUCCACUGCUCUGAGCACCUGCUCCUGGAGAAGGCUCCCAGCUGUGGCCCUGAGGGCGUUGCCUGGAACCUCUCUGAGGGCAAUCUGCUAGAAUUCACCAAGGACAUGGAUCAGCUCCUCCAGCUAACCAGGAAGCUUGAGAGUAGCCAGCCCGGGGGAGGAGAGAGCCGCGGGAUCCCAGAGAAUCAGAAGGGGAAGACCAAGAAGGCCACCAAACAAACCCUCCAAGAGAGCUUCCUCUGAGACCCCAGGUCUCCUGCUUCCUUCCCUCCUGAAGGCUCUGACGGAUGGCCUACUGCCUCCUGGGAGGGGCAGGGGCCCCAUGGGAACAUGCCGAGUUCCACAAGUGAAGGAGCUCGGCCUGGAGGAGCCUGUGGAGAACAACAGCCCAGUAAUCAGCCCAGGCCGAGUAGAGAAGAUUUCUUCCUAAAGUCCAGGCUCCAGGAACAAGAUACCCAGAGGAGACCAACUUCUUUCUACACUCACACAUGCAACCCCUGGGUCUCCCUGUUGGGGGCUGUUGGGUCCCUUCUCAUCAUGUUUGUGAUCCAGUGGGUCUAUACCCUGGUUAACAUGGGUGUUGCUGCCAUUGUGUAUCUCUACAUUGGUUGGACCAGUUCUGGGCUUCACCUUGGUUUAGCCUCCAACUUCAGCCUUUUCAGAUGGAUGAGGUCUCUUCUGAUCCCCUCCUACAGGAACCUGCGAUCCCCCCAAGAGCAGAUAAUCUUGGUGCCGUCCCUGGCUAGCGUUGGCAUGGAGAUGACUCAGCUCACCCAGGAGAACGCAGACUUCGCCACCCGGGAUCUCUAUCACCACUCCUCCCUCGUGAGCCGGGAACAGCUGAUGAUGCCUCGGUACUAGAGUACUGAGUCGUCAGUACUAGGCAGCCUGGGAGCCUCCCCUCGUGUAGCUGUCCAGGGUACAGUGGAGCCAAAUCCCAGAACCUUUGUGAAGCUGGUUCUCCUCGGUAAGAAACUCAAAGACCUGUCCUCCCCCUGUCAUUUUGGAUGAUGGAAAUGUGCAUUCUGGUCUGGAGCACCACGGCUAACCGGGGGACCCACUGCAAUGGCGGUGGCCCCUGAAACACGCCUCCAGUCUGAAGAGCUCCAUGUGGACACCAAGACUUGCAGGUGUCCAGACCAGAUUGCUUGUUCUGAGUGCCACAAUAAAUGGUUAUUUUAAA